GAUUUCAACAUGAUGACAUCUCCUAAGUUCGUUCUCUACCUGACAUAUUUCUUCUUUGGGAAAAUGGUUCAGAUGCAUCAUUUUAUCUUGUCUCAUCAAGUCAGGGGAUUUAUAUCAGCAUAUGUUGGAGACAACUUGACUUUGCAGUGUUUAAAUGAGGAGAGGGACCAUAGGAUGUAUUGGUACAAACAAACACCUGGACAGAAACCUCGAGUUAUCCCAUUGACGUACAGAUCCACUAAAAAUAUUUUGUUCAAGGAUGAAUUUGUGGACAAUCAACGCUUCACGGUGGAAACUAAUGAUGUUGAGAGUCAACUAAAAAUAGCAGAUCUGCAGCUUUCAGACUCAGCUACUUACUACUGUAUAAAGAGUCAAUUCUAUGUGUUUGACUUCAUGGAGGGCGUCACUGUCAGUGUGAAAGGUUCAGGGUCUAACAUCCAGGCUGUGGUGCAUCAGUCUGAGAGCAUCCAGCCAGGAGGCUCUGUGACUCUCAGCUGUACAGUUCACACUGGGACCUGUUAUGGAGAACACAGUGUUUACUGGUUCAAGAGCUCUGAAGAACCUCAGCCAGGACUCAUUUACACCCACGGAGACAGGAACCAUCAGUGUGAGAGGAAACCCGACACACAGACACACACCUGUGUUUACAACUUGUCAAUGGAGAGACUGAACCGUUCUCAUGCUGGGACCUACUACUGUGCUGUCGCUGCAUGUGGACACAUUGUGUUUGGAGACGGGACCAAGCUGGAGUUUGAUGGAGAGUCUCUACCAAAGACUAAUUUAAUGAAUAGUGACAGUUAUGUAAAAAGAGACGGGACCAAGCUGGAGUUUGAUGAUGAGGUGGACUGGCUGGUGGUUUUCUUGAGUGCGACCUCUGCAAUCACCACCCUGCUGAGUGUUCUACUUUCUUUCUCAAUAUGCAUGAUGAGGGUUACAGGUAAAUGCUACUAUCUGCUCCUCAUGAUCCCAGUGAUCAUUAUUCAGUCACGAACAUUACAGCAGUGCUGUCGCACCAUGCGCACGACAAUGAACUUCACCCUCCUGUCACCUAUACUCUGUAUCCUCAGUUGGAUCUCUGUCUCACGUUGUGAAUUUCACGUUGUGGAGGUCCAGACCGGUGAAGAGGUCACUCUGCUGUGUACCAACUACACCAUUUCCCCCUCUCACAUAUCAUGGUUCAGACUGGAAAACGGAUCCAACACCAGCCACAUCUCCUCCAUGCUCUCCCUUGACAGAGGUGCAUCGUACUUCGAUGGGUUUGAAGAAGAAAAGUUCAACAUGACGUCCAACGUCAGUAACGUCUUUCUCCAAAUCAAACAAGUGGAUUUAUCUGACUCUGGACUCUAUAUAUGUGGCUAUAGCCUGGGCACCGACUCCAGAAAAUUCCCAGCAGUUUACAGUGCAACGUAUUUAAAGGUUAAAGAACAGUCUGAUGAACAAGCAAAUCUGACCAUUGAGAUCCUCAUGGGCGGUCUGAUUAUCGUCCUCAUUAUAAUCAUCAUCGCUCUGGUUCUUAAAAUCUGGAAACUUCAUACAGCACAUAAAGAGGCACAGGAUCUACAAGACAGUAAGAAUGUGGGCUCUGAUGACCUGAACUACGCAGGACUGAGUUUCCUUCCAAGAGCGGAGCGGAGCAGAAGGCCUGCUAGAGAGAGAGAGCCGGAGCCUAAUGUUGUGUACGCCACCACCAUGCACUCAAGAAACCAGCGGAACUGAAGCUUUGUUUUAGUCAUGACCUCCGGGGGAUGUCCGGAAAAUGGGGAUCGGACUUCCUGCUGUGUUUGCCUUUCAUACAUGAACAAAUCAGCAGGAGAUUUUAUUUCAAGCAGUAUUGUUGUAAUCAUAAUCCAUGAUCCACCACUACUAUCGUAUGCCACCAUCAUCCACAUUUUCAAUUCAAAUAAAAUGUAUUUCCACCAUCACCUAGGUGGACGUCUGCAGUCUGGUGGAACAUCACUUGUUUUACAGGAAGUGACAGUCAAGGGUUAGGGUCAAAGGUUAAUCUGACUCUGACUAGUUUACUGCUACAGAGACGUUUGAGAAACACAUCAGCUGCUGCGUCAGUAUC